CUACAUCUUUACUAUUCUCAUCAAGCCCAAGAACUUCUCUACCAUCCGCAUUCUCAACCGCCGGAUAUCCACAAAAUGCGCUUCCUUGUCCCGCUUGCUCUCCUCGGUGCCACUGCCACCACUGUGGUAGCCGAAACCCCUCAGGACCUGAUUCAAAACUCGAUUCCCGCAUGCAUGCAAUCCUGCUUUACCGACGCGAUUGAGAAACUGACCGGCUGCGACUUGUCUGACACGGACUGUGUCUGCAAAGCCGGCAUACCGGACUCGGAGACUAUCAGUACAUCCAGAGACAGCUUGACCUCGUGUGUUAAGGACUCUAACUGCACCGCUUCCGAGGCUCAGCAGAUCGCUGACCUGGACGUCAAUUCACUUAUGAGCCAGAGCAGCGACGUUUGCAGUGGUGCGGUCACCGUUUCUGCUAAUGUCGUUCUCGCUGCUGGUGCGAUGGCGUUCGCCUUUCUCUUCUAAAACAGUGCGCUUCAACCAAUGACGAUGACUGACGGAGCAGCUUUCUCUUGCUCUUCUUUCUGUUAUCCUUAUUCUGGCUUUAUAAUGUUGUGGAUUUUUUUUUUACAUAAUACCAACGCAUACUGUACAUAUACUCAGAGUACAUAAAGAUAACAGAUGCUACUUACCGCGUCACUACUGAAAUAGCGUGAGUUGCGCAAAGUCUGGGGACGAUGGCGAAUCGGCUGUCUUAGAAG